AUGAACGAAAAGUCCACUCAAGCUGUGCACGAUGGGAGUGGAGAGUUCAAUCCAAGCAAAGCCACCGAUGGUAAAUUCGAGAACCAACCACUCACAACGAUUAUAAUUUUAACGGCUACAUCCCUGAUGGUCAUGUUCUUGAUUGCUUUGGAUAGAACCAUCAUCACCACGGCUAUUCCUGGCAUCACCGACGAGUUCAAAUCUCUCUCUGACAUUGGCUGGUAUGGAAGCGGGUAUCUGAUGACAUCCGGCGCCUUUCAGCUCAUGUUUGGAAAAAUCUACUCCAUGUACAGCGUGAAACUGGUCCUACUCCUCAGCAUUUUGCUUUUCGAGAUUGGCUCUGCUAUCUGCGGAGCUGCUCCGAGCUCGAUAGCAUUCGUUAUUGGAAGAGCAGUCGCAGGAGUUGGUGCAGCUGGUAUCCUCGCUGGAUCUGUCGUGACGAUUACCCGCAUUGUUCCCCUUCAGAAGCAACCAGCAAUGAACGGUCUCCUGGGCGCUAUCUUUGGAAUUGCUAUCAUCCUAGGACCAUUGAUUGGCGGUGCGCUCACUUCACAUACUACGUGGCGAUGGUGCUUUUACAUCAACCUGCCUAUUGGUGGUGUGGUUAUGGUCGUUCGCGCGUUCACCAUCAAGGUUCCCAAUUCAAAAACCGUCAGCCUCUCGUGGAAUGAGAAGUUGUGGCAACUGGAUCCAAUUGGUGCUUUGUGCCUCGUACCAGGUGUGAUCUGCUUGUGGACUGACGGCCGUGUGAUCGCAUUGUUGAGUGUGAUGUCAAUUCUACUUAUUGCCUUCGUUGUUGUCCAGAUAUGCCUCCCGAAGACGGCAAUGGCUCCACCUAGGUUAUUCAGGCAACGUAGCAUCGGUGCUGGUCUGUGGCAGAUGGCUUUCGUUGGUGCUGGUAUGUAUGUUAUCAUCUAUUACCUUCCGGUUUGGUUUCAAGCCAUCAAAGGUGACUCUGCGGUAAAAGCCGGCAUCAAGCUCCUUCCUUUGAUGGUGUCAAUGCUUAAGCUCGGAUACUACACGCCAGUCAGGCUCAUAGGAUUUGUUAUCAUGUCCAUUGGAGCUGGUCUUUUCGUUCUCCUAGAAGUCAACAUCGGUCAUGCAAAGUGGAUCGGUUACCAGGUCGUAUUCGGAUUCGGCAUGGGCCUUUCUAUGCAUAACUAA